AUGGCUGACAGAAGGGACGGCCAAAAAAUAGAAGAGAACGAGCUGUUGGAGUAUAUCUACAACUAUUUGACUUAUUCGAGGAAACUAAAGAUUGACAGAUGGACGAAAAUGUUAUCAAACGCAGACUUUAAGGAUAUAAUUACAAAGUUCUUCAGCACGCCAUCGGAGACGAUCCUCGUGCUGCAAUUGACCCCUGCUGGUGUCUUGGUGCCCCAUCUGAGAAUAGUAGAGUCCAGAGGAAAGUUGUCGUACUUCGUGAAGAGAAAAGCCCAACCUGUUACCGAGAUUAAUUACAAGGACGUGUUGAUCCCCGGUGACAUGGCCCCAAACGCGAUCGAGGAAUUGGCCGUUCUCGUCGACGAUGCAUACGUACCCAUCUUAUCUAAUCCAAAGAAUCACGGUGGAUGGCCAGACGUUGUUCGCAAAGACAUAAAGAAACAAAUUUACAAUCUUCAUAGCCUGAUAUGGCAGGUGAAAGGGAAGAUAAUAGGGCAGACGUUGCUACCUAUGCCGAUGGGGAUCGAGGAGAUCGUCGAGAAUAAAUUAAAUUCUGACGCCACGAAAAGGUUGCGGCUUAAGAACAACGUGGAGGAAAUCGUGAUAAAGUGGGCCACCCAAAUUAACGAGAUCCUUCACGAAGAAUUUUCGACGUUCUCGGCCAACGAGCUUGCACAGACGUCUGAGUUGGAUUAUUGGGACUUGAAGCUGAAAAAUUUGGAAUCGCUUUACCUGCAGUUAAAAGAUCCAGGAGUAGUAUACAUGGACAUGUUUUUGGAAGAAACGAAAAGUCCGUAUUCCGAGUUUUUCAAGAAUCUUAUCAAGAACGUUGCUGCUACGUUGCUGGAGACAAGGGACAUAAACCUUUACUUGAAGCCUCUGGAAUCUUAUUUUCAAGAAAUCGAUCAUACCGAAUUUAGGCUAAUCGGGGCGAAGUUGAAAGCUUUGAUGCAUUGCGCCUGUUUAAUGUGGGCAAACUCGAAAUAUUAUUCCAUGGAAAGAAUGAUCGUUCUGUUGCGUGAAAUUUCGGAUUUGUUCAUUUCUCAGGCAAUAAAAUAUAUAAAUCCGUCCACUUUGUUCGAGGCAGACACCGAGGAAAAUAGAGCGAAAAUAGCAGAAGUCGUACCGUUUCUCGAUAGUUAUCAGGACACAUUUCGAGGGUUUAAAGAUAAAAUCGAAAACUAUUUCAAGCCCCCCGUUGAACCCGUACCUUGGAUAUUUCACGAGAAAUUGAUUUUUGAAAGAAUUCACAUGUUCGAGAAGAGACUUAAAGAGAUCGAGUCGUUGUUCGACGUCGUGCAGGAUUACUUGAAGCUAGAAAGAAUCGAAAUGGCUGGUUUAAAAGCAAAAUCUUUGUUGUCCAUGGUCAAUAACAUUUACGAAGAGUUUAUGAAAUUGUAUCAUAAUUUUGGAGAUCUGCCUUACGUUGUUUUGUUGCCCGAAGAGACGCAAUUCACGCAAGAUUUGGAAUCAUUUUUCACCGUAGUGGAUCAAUUCGAUCGACGUCUGGCAAGCAUUUUUGAUCAAGCGUUCAUGGAAUGUCACAAUUUGGAGUCAUUGUUUAAACUUAUUUGGGUGAUGGGUUCGAUCGCCAACAGGCCUAUAAUAAUGGCUCAAUUGUGGCACAAUUACGAACAUUUGGUCCAAAGAAUAGAUCAACAGUUCAGCGAUAUAAAGAUCAUGUUCGACGAAUGUUUUAAAUCGGACGAAAACGCGUCGAGCUUAAUGGUGACCCUCUAUUUGCCACCUGUAGCCGCAGCACUGUGUUUGCUAUUGAAAUUCCGUAAAAGAUGUAGCUUUCCAGUCGAGUGUGGACAUUUGGUCGAUCACCCUUUGAUCAUAGCAAAAAUGACCAACGAUCUAAAAGCGAAAUUCGAAGAACUCUUGUCUCUUAUCGACGAGAAGGAAAGCGAGAUAUUUGCUGCAUGGGCGGCAAAGAUGCCAGAAAUUUGUGAAAUCCACUUGUCGAAAACUUUGCUAAACGUUGGGGAGGACAAACUGUUGGAGCUGAAUUUCGACCCAGAAUUGACGACUCUGUUAAGGGAAAUUCGAUAUAUGACAAUCAUGAAGAGGACAGACAUUCCCGAACAAGCCAUCGAAUUUUACAGCAGAUCGCAGUUCUUUUUCAAAAGCACUUACAAUCUCAAUUUAAUCGUAAAAUGGUACAACAGAAUUCGAAGUCAAAGUAUCCCGGUGGAAUUCGAAAUAAUAAAAGAAGAGGUUGACGAUAUAGACGAGUUGAUCGAUCACGGGCAAGAAAAUUAUAACUGGAAUUCCGAGGAGGUUCCGGAGUACAUUGACAAACUGUUGACAACCACACGGAAAUUGCACUCCAGAGUGUUCCGUGCACAGGACAAUUUGAAAGAUAUUAUGGACGCGUUGUAUUUAUGGGCGAUGAUGCCAGUUUUGUACAGAAAAGACGCCAGAGACGAGAAUUUAUUGGCGACCGCGGACAAAGACGACAGAUUCCAAGAAAGAUUCGCUGAAAUCGAGGAAACCGCCACGGAACUCGAGCGAAUUCUGCAGGAAAAUUACAAACUGUUUUUCGACUUGUUGCCGGAUCACUUUUACGAGAACGACGAGCUGGAAUUUUACGACGAAGAGUCUGAAGGUAAAACAGACGAGGCUGAAGCUGCAAGACUGAACGAGGAGAUGGAGGAUGCAAAGUUACUGGAAGAAGAAGACGAAGGAGAAGGUGAAGGGGAAGAAGAAGAAGAAGAAGCAGAAGAGGAGGAAGAGGUCGACGAAGAGACGUUGGCAAUUCGACGCGAGAAAUGGCAACCGUAUCUCACCUACGUCGACAAUUUAAUUUCUAAAGGGCUCGUUCAAGCAGUCUCCACGAGUAUUUGUUAUAUAUUGGAUGAGACUGAUCCUGACGGAGACAUGGAGCCGUUGUUCGAAAUACAAGUGUGCUUAGGGAAUAAAAUUAAUCCAACUGUUUCUAUGAGAAAGAAUCCCAGUAUUAAUUUCCAACCAUCGGUGGAUGCGGACGAUCCAGAUGGAUUCUACGCUUUCUUCGAAGGACUGUUGCUCGAUAUGAUGAAGAUGGGCACCUUUGUACCACGCGUCGAUACGCAAAUCGUCGAAGAACGAGAGCAUUACGCGUGCAAUAACGAUCGUUUGCUUCCAAAGGCGGAUCUGGCAGAAGAAGAUGGUAUCGUAUUUAUGUUGGAAGAGACUUGCAACAGAGUGAAAUUAGCCUUGCUGGAAGCAAGGGAACACGCUCAGACCUAUGAAACUUAUUCCUGGUUGUGGUCGGACGACAGACAGGCAUAUCUGAAUUACUUCCUUGAAUUUUCCCGAUACGUUAUACCCGAAGAAAGGCAAAUGCUCGAGGAACACCCGGAUUAUAUGCCGGAGAAUAUGAAACCAAAGGUGCCGGAUUUGACGGACUUCAAACGAGAAAUUGAUUAUUUCAUGGACUUGUACGAGCAGUGCGAUCAAAUACCGAACGAGCAUGUAAUUCUACGCUGGCUGAGGCUCGAUCUGAAGCCCUUCAAACAAACUCUGAUGAACAUAGUUUGCAAAUGGGGCAACGUGCUCAAGGAACAUUUGGUCAAACGAAUCACAACACAAUUGGAGGAGCUGGAGAAGUUCUUGGAGGCAGCUAUGGAAAAUUUUUCGCAAUCCAUCCUCGAAGACGAUUACGACGCGCUUUUGGAGACUAUUUAUUACUUGAAAGAGAUCAGGGAUCGACAAUUCGAGAUCGAAGACAUGUUCGACCCCAUUAAGAAAACGGUAGAACUUUUACAGCAUUAUCAAGUGACGUUGUCCCCGAAGAUUUUCGAUUGGUUGGCGGAGUUGCCUGAUCGUUGGGAGACUUUGAAGAAAGUAGCUGCUCAAAUUAAACAGGUCGUUCAGCCCUUGAUGACUCGACAAAUCGAACUGUUGAAGAAAAGGUUGAGCUACUACGAUUUCAAGCAGCAGCGUUUCUUGGACGAAUUUCGCAAGGAAGACGUUUUCAACACGGAUUGCACGCAUCCUUACGAGAAACUGGACAAAAUAUACGAGGAAACUUUAAAGUUCUCCAAGGAGGAAAAAAAUCUUGAAGAUCAGUCCUCGAUCUUCGAGCAAGAAAUGCCCGAGUUUAAGGUGAACAAGCUCAUACGAAAAGAGAUACAGCUUUUGAAAACCGUGUGGGAUUACGUGAAUGUCAUCAACACCAGCUUGAACGAAUGGAAAACAACCGUUUGGAAAAAGAUCGACGUGGAAUGGAUGGACCAAGAGUGCAAGAAACUUUUACGGGAACUAAGACAACUGGACAAGGAUGUACGUCCUUGGUCGGUGUACUCGGACGUUGAAGCACAAGUGAGGAACAUGAUGGCGUCGUUAAGAGCUGUCGCGGAAUUGCAGAAUCCAGCGAUCAGAGACAGACAUUGGAGGGAAUUGAUGGCUGAGACAAAGGUGGCCUUCAGUAUGUCCGACAGUACGACCUUGAACGAUUUAUUGAAACUCCAACUGCACAAAUACGAAGAAGAAGUUAAGGACAUCGUGGCUAAAUCGGUGAAAGAGAUGGCGAUGGAGAAAGUGUUGAAAGAACUUCUCGAUACUUGGAGCAACCUCGAAUUCCAAAAAGAGACGCACGAACGUACGAAACUGAGCGUCCUGAAAAUCUCCGAGGAAACGAUCGAAAUUCUCGAGGACAAUCAGGUGCAACUGCAGAAUAUGAUGAGUUCGAAAUUCGUGGGAUACUUCCUCGACGAGAUUCUCGAUUGGCAGAAGAAGCUGAGCAACGCGGACGCGGUGAUUCACGCCUGGUUCGACGUGCAACGAGCAUGGAUGCACCUCGAGAGUAUUUUCAUUGGCUCGGAGGACAUCAGAAGCCAGCUGCCGGAUGACUCGAAACGGUUCGAAAAAAUCGACAGGGACUUUAAAGAAUUGCUGCGAGAAAUGCUGAGCAACUUGAACAUCGUGAAAGCGACCAAUCGACCAAAGCUUCUGGAGAAGCUGGAAGAGUUGCAGAUCCAGUUGAGCAACUGCGAAAAAGCUUUGGCGGAUUAUUUGGAAACGAAAAGAUUGAUUUAUCCGAGAUUUUACUUCGUGUCAGCGGCCGAUCUUCUGGACAUCUUGAGCAACGGCAAUAAUCCGGAGCUGGUUUGCGUGCACUUGUCGAAACUGUACGACUCCAUCGCGGACUUGGAAUGGAAAAUGGACGGCGAGAAACGGACCAAGAUCGCGAUUACCAUGAUCGCCAAGGACGGCGAACGCAUAUCGAUUUACCGUUUUUGCGACUGUAGCGGAAAAGUGGAGAACUGGUUGAACAACGUGACAGACGCGAUGAAGAGAACCGUGAGGAAUCACGUGUCUCAAGCAGUGGCUACUUACGAGGAGAAACCAAGGGAACAGUGGAUCUUGGAUUACGAGGCUCAACCGGCCCUCUGCGGCAGUCAAAUUUGGUGGACGACCGAGGUGAACAUGGCCUUUAUGAGACUCGAGGAGGGUUUCGAGAACGCGUUCAAGGAUUACCAGAGGAAACAGAUCUAUCAGCUGAACGCCCUCAUCACGAUACUUUGCGGGGAUUUGAACGAGGGCGACAGAAGGAAAAUCAUGACCAUCUGCACGAUCGACGUGCACGCUAGAGACGUUGUCGCGAAAAUGAUCGCGAUGAAGGCCGACAGCUCUUCUAGUUUUCAAUGGCAGUCGCAGCUGAGGCACAGAUGGGACGACAAGGCUCACGAUUGCUACGCGGAUAUCUGCGACGCGUCCUUCAGAUACAAUCACGAAUAUUUAGGGAACGUUCCGCGACUGGUGAUAACACCGUUAACGGACAGAUGUUACAUCACGUUAACGCAAUCUUUGCACCUGGUGAUGGGAGGAGCACCUGCUGGGCCAGCUGGAACCGGCAAAACGGAAACCACGAAAGACUUGGGGAGAGCGUUGGGUCAAAUGGUGUACGUGUUCAAUUGUUCUGAACAAAUGGACUACAAGUCCUGCGGGAAUAUUUACAAAGGUCUUGCUCAAGUGGGAGCAUGGGGCUGUUUCGACGAGUUCAAUCGAAUUUCGGUGGAGGUGCUCUCGGUAGUCGCUGUACAAGUGAAAUCGGUACUGGACGGAAUAAAGAGCGGUAAACCGACAUUUUUCUUCUUCGAGGAGGAAUUGAAUCUCGUCCCCACUGUCGGUAUGUUCAUCACUAUGAACCCCGGAUAUGCUGGAAGAACGGAAUUACCGGAAAACUUGAAAACGUUAUUUCGGCCCUGCGCGAUGGUGGUCCCAGAUUUCGACUUGAUCUGCGAAAUAAUGCUAGUGGCCGAGGGAUUCCAAGAGGCCAGACUGUUGGCUGGGAAAUUCAUAACGCUUUACCAGCUCUGUCGAGAACUUUUGUCCAAGCAGGAUCAUUACGAUUGGGGCUUGAGAGCGAUUAAAUCGGUCCUGGUCGUCGCUGGGAAGUUGAAGAGGGACGAUCCUCAGAGAGCCGAGGAUCAAGUAUUGAUGAGAGCACUCAGGGACUUCAACGUCCCAAAAAUUGUGACGGACGAUGUCCCAGUUUUUAUGGGACUUAUCGGCGACUUAUUUCCUGCUUUGGAUGUACCGCGAAAAAGAGAUUUGGAUUUUGAAUUAACGGUGAAGGAGUCCGCUGUCGAUUUAAAAUUACAGCCGGAAGACGGAUUCAUAUUAAAAGUGGUGCAACUGGAAGAGUUACUUCACGUUCGUCAUUCGGUUUUCAUCGUUGGCUUCGCUGGAACAGGAAAAACGGAAGUUUGGAAGACGCUGAAUCGAACUUACUUCAACCAGAAACUAAAACCGUAUUAUAACGAUUUGAAUCCAAAGGCUGUGACCAACGACGAACUUUUUGGAGUCAUCAAUCCAGCCACUCGAGAAUGGAAAGACGGAUUGUUCUCGAUGUUGAUGAGAGAUCAAGCAAAGAUGUCAGGAACCGAUCCAAAGUGGAUCAUAUUCGACGGGGACAUAGAUCCAAUGUGGAUCGAAUCGUUGAAUACCGUGAUGGAUGACAACAAAGUGCUGACAUUGGCUAGCAACGAAAGAAUCGCUUUGACGGAUCAAAUGAGACUCAUUUUCGAAAUUUCCAACCUACGGACAGCAACGCCAGCCACUGUAUCCAGGGCUGGAAUUCUUUACAUAAACCCACAAGAUAUUGGAUGGUAUCCAUUUUCAGUCAGCUGGAUAGACACGAGAGAACCGUCCGAAAGGGCAAAUUUGGUGAUCCUGUUCGAUAAAUACGUCCCGCCGCUCGUCGAAGCGAUGAGAAACAAAUUUAAGAAAAUAACUCCGUUGCCAGAGAUCUGUCACGUGGAGAUGCUUUGCAAUUUGUUGGAUUGUUUCUUGACGAGCGAAAACGUGCCGCAAGACUGCCCCAAGGAAUGGUACGAGCUGUAUUUCGCGUUCGCUUGCAUUUGGGCGUUCGGUUCGGCGACUUUCCAAGACCAGUUGAUCGACUGGCGGAACGAGUUCAACAAAUGGUGGCAGAACGAAUUCAAAACGAUCAAAUUCCCCACCGGUGGCAACGUGUUCAAUUAUUUCAUCGAGGAAGACACGAAAAAGUUGGUACCCUGGACCGAGAAUGUGAAGCAGUUCGAGCUGGAUCACGAUAUACCGCUGCAGUCCACUCUGGUGCCAACGGGCGAAACGGCGUAUUUACACUUUUUCCUGGACAUUCUCAUCGAGAAAAAAAUGCCAGUGAUGUUGAUAGGCGCGGCAGGUUCCGGGAAAAGCGUGAUCGUGGCUGAGAAAUUGGGAUCCCUUCCGGACGAAUAUAACGUCGCCAACCUGCCCCUUAAUUACUAUACUACCUCGGAAAUGCUGCAAUCGAACAUGGAAAAACAUCUGGAGAAGAAAACUGGUAGAAAUUAUGGGCCACCGGGCACGAAGAAGCUGAUAUAUUUCAUCGACGAUAUGAACAUGCCCGAAGUCGAUACUUAUGGCACCGUGCAGCCCCAUACACUCUUUAGACAGCACAUUGAUUACAAUCACUGGUACGACAGAACGAAAUUGACCAUAAAAGAGAUUCACAAUACGCAAUACGUAUCCUGUAUGAAUCCUACGGCUGGAAGUUUCACGAUAGAUCCUCGUUUGCAGAGGCAUUUCGCCGUGUUCGCGGUCAACUUCCCGUCCGACGAGAAUUUAGUUAGGAUCUACAGCCAGAUACUGGAUCAGCAUCUGACAAAUCCUCUCAACAAAUUUAAUAUAGCGUUAACUAAAAUCGCGGAGCCCUUAUUGGCGACAGCGUUAUACUGUCACGCGAAAAUUUCGACCAGCUUUCUGCCGACUGCAGUAAAAUUUCAUUACGUAUUCAAUCUACGCGAUCUCUCGAAUAUAUUUCAAGGUAUACUCUUCGCUACCGGUGAAACCGUGCCGACUGCCAAUCAUUUAAUAAGAUUAUACGUCCACGAAGCGACCAGAGUGUAUUCCGAUAAAUUAGUAAAUUCCGACGACAAGAAAACGUUUCAACAAUUGAUGAAGGAGUCGAUUCGUAAAAAUAUGGCUGAGGUGGACGAGAAUAUCAUAUUUUCCGAACCGACGAUAUAUUGCCACUUCGCCGAGGGCAUUGGCGAACCGAAAUAUAUGCCGAUAAAAGAUUGGCAACAGCUGACUAAAUUGCUGGACGAGGCGUUGCUGAAUUACAACGAACUGGUAGGAGCGAUGAAUUUAGUUUUAUUCGACGACGCGAUGUAUGAAGUGUGCCAGAUAAAUCGUAUUUUGGAAUCACCGAGAGGAAACGCGCUUCUAGUGGGCGUCGGAGGAAGCGGGAAACAAUCUCUUUCCUCCCUUGCAUCCUUUAUAUCAGGCUUAGAGGUGUUCCAAAUACAAUUAAAAUCGGGAUACUCGGUGAGCGACUUACGGACCGACCUGGCAGCCUUGUAUUUAAAGUCUGGACUAAAAUCAAUCGGAAUUACUUUCUUGAUGACCGACUCUCACGUCGCCGACGAGAGAUUUCUGGUUCUUAUAAACGAUAUGCUCGCGUUCGGCGAAAUAUCGGAAUUAUUCGCGGACGAGGACAUCGACAACAUCGUGAAUUCCGUAAGAAACGAGGUGAAGCAGACCGGGAUGAUCGACAGCAACGAAAACUGUUGGAAAUUUUUCAUCGAUCGGGUACGAAAUCGAUUGAAAUGCGUCCUUUGCUUUUCGCCGAUCGGAGCCACGUUACGAACCAGAGCCAGGCAAUUCCCAGCAAUCGUGAACAACACUUCGAUCAAUUGGAUCCAGAGUUGGCCGUUGGAAGCUUUGAGAUCCGUUUCCGCUAGAUUCUUGCAAGAAUUGGAGGAUCUUCCGGGAAAUUACAAACGAUCGGCUUCUUUGUUCAUGUCGUUCGCGCACACCAGCGUGAACGAUAUCUCCGCUGUUUAUUUGCAGUUCGAGAAACGGUACAAUUACACGACACCGAAGUCGUUUUUGGAACAAAUAUCUUUGUACACCAAAUUGCUCACGGAGAGGACCUACGAUAUAAACGCGACGAUCGAGCGGUUAAAAAAUGGUUUGGAGAAGCUAGAAUCGUGCGCUGGCCAAGUCAGCGAAUUAAGAGUCGUCCUGGCGGCCCAAGAAAUUGAAUUAAACAAGAAGAACGAAAUUGCGGACACAAUUCUUACAGAGGUUCGGGCUGAAAACGCUAAGGCGGAAGCUGAAAAAACCAUUGUGUCCGAGGAAGAAGCAAAAAUAGCGGAAAUAAAGGAAACGGUGGCCGAAAGACAAAAACGUUGCGACGAGGAUUUGGCCAAAGCAGAACCCGCUGUACGGCAAGCCGAAGCUGCUCUCGACACUUUGAAUAAGAGCAAUCUGACCGAACUGAAGUCGUUUGGAACACCGCCGGAACAAGUAGCGAUGGUGGCACAAGCUGUUCUGGUAUUGUUCGCUCCGAAAGGACAAAUACCCAAAGACAGAAGUUGGAAAGCAUGCAAGGUAAUGAUGGGAAGCGUGGAUGCGUUUCUGUCGCAGCUUCGAAAUUACGACAAAGAGAACAUUCAUUCCGAAGUUGUCAGAGCUAUUCAACCCUACAUCAAUAACAAAGAAUUCGAACCAGAGAUUAUUUACUCGAAAUCCCAAGCAGCCGCAGGCUUGUGCAGCUGGGUGAAAAACAUAAUGGUGUUCCAUUAUAUCAACGAGACCGUGAAGCCGCUGAGAGCCGCACUCGCGCAAGCUAACGCCGAAUUGAAAGCUGCUAUGGACCAUUUAAACUCUCUGAGAGCACGUCUAGCGGAAUUGCAAAAAGUGCUCGACGUCCUGGGGGAGCGAAUGAACGCUGCAUUGGCGGAGAAACAAAAGUGUCAGGACGAGGCUGACGCUACCGCGUUGACCAUCGACCUCGCGAACAGAUUAGUGAACGGUUUAGCAUCGGAGAAAAUCAGAUGGACCGAGACCGUGAAAACGUUGCAAAGUUCAGGCGUGACGGUGCCAGGCGAUAUUCUCCUGGUAACAGCAUUUCUGUCGUACAUGGGUUGCUUCACGCGAAAGUAUAGAACCGAUUUGAUGAACGAGCAUUGGUUGCCGUUUUUGGAGAAUUUGGAAACAAAGAUACCAAGAACAGCCGACUUGGACGUGUUGACUUUGUUAUCCGACGACGCGAUAAUCGCUCAGUGGAACAACGAAGGUUUACCAACCGAUAGAAUGUCGUCUGAGAAUGCAUCGAUAUUAAUGAACUCGACGAGAUGGCCUCUCAUAAUAGACCCGCAGUUGCAAGGGUCGAAAUGGAUUAAAAAUCGUUACGGAGAAGAGAUGCAAGUGCUGAGGCUCACGCAACCGAACUAUUUAACGCUUAUCGAGUUCUCCAUUGCGAACGGAGGGAUUGUUUUGCUCGAGAACAUCAUGGAAACGAUCGAUCCUGUCAUGGAUCCUAUCAUCAAGAGGGAUCUGAUAAAAAAAGGAAGGGCUAUCAAGAUCUGGGACAAGGAAGUAGAUUACGAUCACCGUUUUCGACUGAUUUUGCAAACGAAGCUGGCCAAUCCUCAUUACAAGCCUGAAAUACAGGCGCAGACGACUCUUAUAAAUUUUACGGUAACCAAAGAUGGCUUGGAAGAGCAACUAUUAGGGGAUGUCGUGAAAGCAGAGAGGCCCGACUUGGAAACCAAAAAAGCAAACUUGACCACUCAACAAAACACUUUUAAAAUCACGUUGAAAGCGCUGGAGGACGAUCUUUUGCACAGACUGUCAACGGCCGGACCAGACAUUCUGAGCGACGUAGAUCUCGUGAUCAAUCUGGAGACCACGAAGAAAACUGCCGCGGAAAUAGAAAUAAAAGUGGCGGAGGCCAAAGUGACGGCCGUAAAGAUCGACGAAGCUCGAGAAAUUUAUCGCAAAGUCGCGUCCAGAGCCAGCCUUUUGUACUUCGUUCUGAACGAUCUCAGCAAAAUAAACAUGCUCUAUCAAUUCUCCUUGAAAGCGUUCAGCGUCGUGUUCCAGAAUGCGAUCAAAUUUUGCGAGACCUCGGAUAAUUUGCCGAAACGCGUACAGCUUUUGAUCGAUAGCAUCACUUAUUUGGUGUUCGUUUACACCAGCAGGGGAUUGUUCGAAGCCGACAAGCUGACUUUCCUUUGCCAAAUGACCAUUAAAAUUUUUAUGCAGUCGAACGAGAUAACGCAAACGGAGCUCGAUUUUCUUUUGCGGUUCCCGUACAUACCCGAUUUAAAGAGCCCCGUGGAUUUUCUGACGAACGUUGGUUGGGGUGGGAUUAUGUAUUUGAGCCAGAUGGCGGAUUUUCAGAAUUUGGAGAAGGACAUAGAGGGUGCCGCGAAAAGGUGGAAGAAGUUUGUGGAAUCGGAGACACCGGAACGAGAAACUUUCCCCCAGGAUUGGAAGAACAAAACUGCUUUGCAACGUUUGUGCAUCAUGAGAUGCCUCAGAUUGGAUCGAAUGACUUACGCCUUCAGAUGCUUCGUAGAGGAGAAACUGGGCUCGAAAUUUAUAGAACCCUCGUCCCCGUCGUUUAACAAAUCCUUCGAGGAAACCAGUUCGAUCACGCCUGUGUUUUUUAUUCUCUCCCCGGGUGUCGAUCCGUUGAAGGACGUGGAAAGCCUUGGGAGACAAUUGGGUUUCACUUCGGAGGACAGAAACUUCCACAAUGUGUCGUUAGGUCAGGGUCAGGAGGUUUUGGCCGAGGCAGCCAUGUCGAUUUCGGCGGACGAAGGUCACUGGGUGAUCUUGCAAAACAUACAUUUGGUUAGGAAAUGGCUGCCCACUUUGGAGAAAAAGAUGGAGCAACUUUCGGAGAAUCCGCACGACGAUUAUCGGUUGUUCGUCAGCGCGGAGCCCAGUUCAGAUCCCCACGAAUCGAUAAUACCACAGGGUAUAUUGGAAACUGCCAUAAAGAUCACCAACGAGCCACCAUCGGGAGUACAGGCGAACAUCCACAAAGCGUUGGACAAUUUCACUCAAGAGACUCUGGAUUCCUGUAGCAAGGAAAGCGAAUUUAAAGCCAUAUUGUUUGCACUAUGUUACUAUCAUGCUGUGCUCGCGGAAAGACGGAAAUUUGGAGCACAGGGAUGGAACAGAUCUUAUCCGUUCAAUUUUGGUGACCUGACGAUCAGCGUGUCCGUGUUGUAUAAUUAUUUGGAAAACAGUAUCAAAGUACCAUGGGAGGAUCUUCGUUACCUGUUCGGUGAAAUAAUGUACGGUGGCCAUAUAACGGACGAUUGGGACAGACGACUGUGUAAAACGUAUUUGAUGGAAUAUUUGCAACAGGAGCUGGUCGAUGGUGAACUGUACCUGGCUCCUGACUUUCUGGUGCCACCGAACAGUGAUUAUAACGCGUACCACCAAUACGUAAGCGACUAUUUACCGGCGGAGAGUCCCGUGCUUUAUGGACUUCAUCCCAACGCCGAGAUCGGAUUUUUAACGUCCACCGCGCAAAAUUUGUUCAAAACGUUGUUGGAAAUGCUGACGCAAACUGUGAGCGAUACAGCGGGCGGUGAUAUAUCGAGAGAAGACAAACUUAAGGGCAUUAUAGAAGACUUGUUGGACAAACUACCAGAAGAAUUUAAUAUGCACGAACUUCAGAGCAAGGUUGAAGAUCGCACGCCAUUCGUCACGGUUGCAUUGCAGGAAUGCGAACGAAUGAACCUUCUGUGCGACGAACUCAAAAGAUCUCUCAAAGAAUUGGAUUUGGGAUUAAAGGGUGAAUUAACGAUAAAUGCCGAAAUGGAAGAUUUGCAAAAUUAUAUAAUGAUGGACAGUGUCCCUCCAUCUUGGACAAAGAAAGCUUAUCCUUCAGACUUGGGAUUGAACAACUGGUUUGCCGAUAUGAUCAAUAGAAUAAAUGAAUUGGCCAAAUGGACUACAGAUUUUAACCUUCCAUCGUCGGUGUGGCUAGGUGGCUUUUUCAAUCCUCAAUCAUUUCUGACCGCAAUAAUGCAACAAACUGCAAGAAGAAAUGAAUGGCCAUUGGAUAAAAUGUGUUUGAAUUGCGAAGUUAUGAGAAAAUACAAAGACGAAAUCACGUCAGCGCCAAGGGAAGGCGCGUACAUAAAUGGGUUGUACAUGGAUGGUGCACGAUGGGACACGCAAACAGGAUGCAUCACGGAUUCUCGAUUCAAAGAAUUAUAUCCACUAAUGCCGAUAAUGUAUAUUCGAGCAAUUACCCUGGACAAACAGGACUUGCGAAAUACGUACGAAUGUCCUGUGUACAAAACACGAUCACGAGGUCCCACUUACGUAUGGACUUUUAACUUGAGAACAAAAGACAAGCCUAGUAAAUGGGUCCUCGCCGGAGUUGCUAUUUUAUUACAAAUCUAA